AUGCUCCCGGUGGUGCAGGGAGGCAGGCAGGAAACUACCCCGCAGGCGCUGGGGCGAGCCCGUCGGCGCCCCCCCACGAGCUGGGCCCCGUCCUCCGCCCUCCCCGCCCCCGCCCCUCGCAGGGUCCCGCCUCCUCCCGUAGCCGCACCCUCGUACCUGGUUCCUGCCCCAGCCGUGACCUCGGGCCGGAUCCCGGCCUCGGUGCCAGCGCCGAGCGCCGCGGGCCACUCCUCGUCCACGCCCGAGGGAAGGCCGGUUCCGCCGUCCGAGGUGGAAGCCCUGCCCCUCGAUUCCCGGCCGGAAGCGGAAGUGGCGUCACACGCUCGCCGGGGUCUCCAGCACGGCUACGUCUGCGCAGCGUUGAGCUUUUCGGGCUGCUGA